AGUUUUUGUUAGGCGUGACUAUAUGGUAUGACAUAUUAUUUGUUGUUAAUACAAUUAGUAAGAACUUACAAACUAAAGAUAUGUAAAUUUCUUUUAAAGAGAUUGAAAUUAAAAUGGAAAUAGAAUCGGUAUUUCGUAAAAAACAUAAAAUACGUAGAAAGAAACAUUUUGAUGAGUGUUGCUGACAAGUCAAUAAUACAAUCAUUAGAAGAAUAUUUUAAAAUUGAGUAUUCUACAUGUAUAGCAGAUCAAGCCAUCUCUUCAAUUCAUAGUAGGUUUGAACAGUUUAAAGCAUAUGGUUGCUUCUGUAGAAAGAAGUUUUUCGAAACUUAAAUUAAUAAAAUCCUACCUAUGAUCAACUAUGUCACAAGAAAGAUUAAGUAG